CUGGAAGUUAUGCUGAUGCCGUGGGUGGGUCCAUGGCGGCCCCUCCGCCGCUAGGACUCGUGGGCGGGCCGCCAAAGCCGCCUCGAUUCUCUUAUAUUACGCAACCUUUUUCUUCCCGAGAUACGUUAUGGACCAAAAUCUCAAUCAAGGUAGUUUCUCUGCCAUUUACUACCAGAUACUCGGUAAUCAUGUCCCAGGCUAAAUCCCCGACACCGGUCGCCCUCGCCAGCUUCGCCAACAUGUUCAGCAUCGGCACCCUCUAUGCGCUGAGCACCCUCCAGUCCCAACUCCCCCGACUCCUCGACGUCGAUACAUAUGGGUGCGGUACCCUACUCAACCCCUUCGUUCUCGCCUCCUUUGGCCUCAGCCUUGGCGUAACAACAUGCCCCCGUCUCCUCAAGCGCUCCUCCCCGGCAACGGUAACAGGAGUGGGCACCACCCUCUGGGGAGCGGGACUAUUCGCCGCGGGCUGCGCGCUCACCCUACUACAUUCACAUUGGAGUUCUAGCCACCUCUUGGUGCAGCUUCUGCUCUCGCUCUCCUUUUUCCUAGGCGGAAUAGGCGUCGGCUGGACAUACCUGUCCACCGUCGUCUGGACGAGCCAAAUUCUCCCUGCGGGGUCGCUUGCGCGCACGGCGAUUGGGCCGCUGGGGUUUUCGGCUGGGGCGAUGGUGGUUGGAUUUGCGGGUGUUUGGGGAGGAGUGGAUUUUCUAAAUGUGCAAACGCUCGCGGCGGUAGUUAGAGGGGUUGGGGUUGGGAUUGCGAGUGUGGGGGGGUUGACUAUGGGGUUAUUCUCGGAUGCCGCAGCAGCUGGUCCUGGUACUGCUGGGGAUACCAAGGAGGAGAAGCCAGAGCAGGAGAAGAAUAAGGAACAAAACCAACACGGUCGACCUUCAUCGUCGCCUCCAACCCGCGGCUCGUUCCAAAUCCUGCUGUUCUUUAAUGCCCUACCGGGGAUGACGCUGUUGAGCAAUUUCUUCCCACCCCUCAGUCCACACCACCAAUCUAGUGCAACAACAACAACGUCCCCCCUCCUCUUCACCUCCCUCGCCCUAGGCGGCCUCCUGACCCCUCUGCUCUCCAAAGCACUGUCCCCACGAACCCUCUUCAUAACCCUCUUCUCCAUCCGCGGUGUCAUGCUUAUCCUCCUCUCGCUAUCAUUGCAGAUCCCACAGAUCCUGAACCGGAACUUGAUCUUUUACAUGCGCCUCGCCACAAUCGCCACAAUCCUCUUUGCGCACGGCGUCGGCUUCAGUAGUCUCCCAGGCCUCGUCAAGCGCCGCUUACCACGUGGUGCGGAUUUCGCGCGUGAGUAUGGGGUUAUCUUGGGGGCUUGGGGGUUCGCGGGGGUUGUUGGGUGCUGGGUUAGUGCGGGUGCUUUCCAGGAGGGACAGGGAGGAGAGGCAGAGUGUAGCGCGGUGCGUCUUCCGUGCAGUCGUCUUGCGGGUGUCAUGGCUUUGGCGGCGGGGAUGGUGAUGGCGGGCAGACGGGGUUGGGUGGUGGGAGGGUUCUUAGAGUAGGGGAGUAGGGUGGAUAUUACCUUUCAGCGUUGGGGUUCAUACCCUUCCUGGCUGCGCAUGCGCUGCGCGAGCAGAUUCAGGAAGCCCCAGAGGUUGGAAAGAAGAACAGGUUAUGUGGCUCUCUUUCUAUAUCAAUGUACGAAUGUAGCGCGGUAAAAUCCAUCGCAUCCAUCCCUACCUAGCUACGGGCGAUCUGCCAUUCGGAUUUCGAGUCGUUCGGAUUCAAGAAGUCCCUGCUCGUUAGCUCACCUACCAUGCAUCUAACCGAGGCACUUGCUAGAAGGUAUUCUUCAGGCGUUGCAAGCCAUAAUGGUAGAUUAAGGGCUUACAUUGGCUUCAAGGCCACAAGUGCAGAGGGUGGAGAAAGUCAUUCUUGACAAAGACGAUGAUUUAAAAGUACAAGCAGUAGUUUCGCAAAGGAAUAAACCUUGUUCUACAUGUAG